UGUGUUGUGUUUCGGAUCUCAGUCUGUCGAAUACUGUUUGUCUCGAAGGAUGUUCGGCUCGACACAGUAAAAUGUUUUCCAAGAACAGUUUUAUGCUGUUAGCUGUGGGCAUCCUCCUACUGAAUAAAGGAAUUGGUGCUGCAGAAUUGACAGGAGUCACCAUAACAGGCCAUGAUGAUGGCUAUGUAGCAAUGGAGGAUGGGUCAUGUACUGCAUGUAAAGCUACGAUCAAUGUCGACUACGCCCAAUCGUUACCAGGAUUCAUUUUCUUUGCUGCUGACUCUGGGAAUUUGAUAGAGAAGCCCAUCAGUCAGGGCUCUUCUAGCUAUGAGAUCGCGAGUACUAGUUUCUCUGGACCAGGCACCUACUGGGUGAACAUCACCGUCACACUGGGAUCAGACAUCUACACGCUUCCUCUGACGUUUAUCGUUGAAACUCAGCUUGUUGGGUUUCAGGCGGAUAUUUCUUCUGGGUAUUUGAUUCCAAAUGAAGAAUUUGCUCUAACGGCUGCGGUAAACAGUGGAACCAACGUUUUGUUUACCGUAGACUUGGAACAAAACAUCAGAAUGUUGAAAUCGUGUGAUGGAAAUAAUCUUCAAACUAACGUCACUUACUCAUACAAUGAGACUGGAACAUAUAACCUUGCAGUAAUGGCUUCGAACUAUAUCAGCAACAGCAGCAGCAACAUGAUUGUCUUAGUCAUGUACAAACCAAACGGCUUCACGGUAACGCAAACAAGUCCAUCGACAUUGCAAACGACAGAGGAUACUGUCUUCAAAAUUGAUCUGGACAGUAAUGCACUGGUCUCAAUGGGCAACGUCACUAUAUUUCUUUCCUGCGACAAUGGCUCAAACACCUCGACACCAUUGACCAUCAGCCCGGGAGGGAGUCAAAAUGUACCCUGGACUUUCAGCAUUCAGGGUAACUACACAAUCGAAGUACAAAUUACUAACGCUGUAGGCAGCGUCUCUAAUACAUUCAACAUAUAUGUUUGGGAUAGAUUAAAUAUCAGUCUCUGUUUACCCAACAGUUAUGUGGCUGUGAACGAAGAAGUUUCAUUCUUUAUAGAUGGACUUCCACCAUCUGGAUUUCUGUACAAAAUUGAUUUUGGAAAUGGCAUUGUUAGGGAAAACAGCGAUGAAGACAUACUGUACAGCUCGUACAGUCCUAUCGACCUCACUGGUGUCAACUACACAGAACCGGGAAACUACACUGUUCAUUUCGAAGCACAAAACCAGCGCUAUGCUGUAGUCCGAGAUUUUGAACUCAUAGCACUUGUUGGAAUUGAUGAACUAAUAGUUGAAUGGGGAAACGCAACAGUUGCUGUAGGUUCUACCUACAUGGUCACGGUUAACGUCACCCAAGGAACUGACGUCCUUGUCGGCAUCAAUUUUCACGAAACCUUUGCCAUGAAUAAGGAUUGUAAUUAUCUGCAAGCCGAGCACAUAUUCAACACUGUUGGGAAUUACACAAUCAAUGUGUUUGCUUCAAAUCCAGCUGGCAACAAGUCUGAAACGUUUGACGUUGAGGUCGUAUAUGACUUAAAUGGAUUGACUAUCGAUGUAGAAAAACCCUUUCUACAGACAACUGAAAGCGCCAGUUUCAUUGUCAACCUGGAUCCAACUGCUAAUGUUUCAAUGGGCACCUUGACAAUUAACAUCAUGCCGUGUGAUACAUCUAAUUUUACAGGCGCAUUGAUUAUAUCUCCUGGAAACUUUAAAACGUUUCCUUGUACUUUUACGAUUCAAGGGAACUACUCUGUUACAGUAACAAUAUUAUCCCCACUUGGCACAGAGUUAUCAAAGACAGUGGAUAUCUAUGUAUGGGAUGUUCUUAAUGUAACCCUGUCAGUUGAUGAAUUCAACUUCAAAGUCGGUUACAAUCCUGUCUUUCAGAUAAAUGACCCACCACCUUCAGGUUUCUUGUACGCUAUUGACUUCGCUGAGUCGACCACAUUAAAUCAAAUAGAUCCUGCUAUCCUGGCCAGUCCCUAUAGCAACAUUAUCUUACCAUCGUCAUUCAACUACAAUGCACCGGGACAAUAUGUAGUUACUUUUAAAGCAUUCAACGACUUCUAUAUGAUUUUCAGGAACCUGUGUCUGAAUGUCCAGUAUGGAAUACCAGACAGCUACCUCCAGGUUAAUCCAAAACGAACGUAUGUUAUUCCUGAUGAUAUCGCUACAUAUAUAAUCUUUUCAAACUCCAACAGCACUGCUCCAAAACCCACCAAUGUCACUUGUGAUAUUAAUUAUGGAGAUGGGACCGUCCUAACAAAUGAUUCCACUGAGUUUGAUUAUGACGACACUGGCCUUGGACUUCGACUAGAACACAGUUACACAGCAGCUGGAACAUACGAAGUGAUUCUGAACUGCAGCAACCUAGUAAGCAGUCUUGUCCUCACGACCACCAUCCAUGCAAUUGUGGUCACUGCUGAUACAUUCAAUGUAUCGUACAGUAGUGUUAACCUACACAACGAGAGUCAGUCUGGGCUGCUGCAGGUUGAGCUACAGCUGUAUGACUUGACAACUCCUCCCAAUGGUGUCAGUCUAUUGUGGGAUUUUGCUGAUGGUUCUACUCCUGAAGAGGUUAAUCCUAUGGUUAGCUUUUCUAAACAACACACCUACUCAAACAGAGGAAAUUACUCCGGUUCUGUCAAGAUAACAUAUGCAGGUGUUGCAGCUACGAAGUCGUUUGAUGUCAGAAUGGGAGCUUUUGUAAUCACGAUGGUUACAGCAGAAGAUGUUGGAUUGGUUUCUGAGAAGCAGUUUAACUUUGAAAUAACUAAAUACUUAACUGCAACAUCUGCUAAUGUUGACGUUAGUUGGGGGGAUGGAACCACUGAUACAUUUGUAUUUUCUCAAAGUUUAUCACAGAAGUCUGUAAAUCACGUCUUUGCAUUAGGCGGGGUGUUUGCACCACAAAUCCAAGUAUCUACUGAUAAUGGUAUAGAGUAUUCUUCCAUUCAAAAUUUCAUCACGAUUCAGAAUGUCGUCCAGAACAUAACAUGGCCUGUAUCCUCAAAUGCUGUACUUUUGCGUCCAUUUGCACCAAAACUAGUAUACAACGGCGACGCGUUCCUGAUACAUUUAACAUGUUACUUCAACUACGAUGACGUUAAUAUGACCAGCGAAAACGUUAACUUCACCAGCGAUGCUCCAGAGGUCAUUGCACCAACAUAUACAUACGAGACACAAGGGGAGCGGUCAAUUUCGGUAACGUGUUCAAACAUCUUCACUAGUCAGACAUUGACAGCUACAAUUCAGGUUUUCAGUGACUGUUUUAAUUCUGGCACAAUGUUUGAAACCACCUACCGAUCUGUAAACACACCGCUCAAAGCAUUCAUGUCAUCUAUUCCUGCCAUCUCGGGACGGGUGGAACUCACAGCAAAGUGUCAAAACAGCACCGACAUCACAUACACAUGGACUGUUGAAGAACAAGACAUUACUGAUCCCACUGUAUGGCGAAAAUUGAAUGUUCUUACCCCAAAUGCAAAUGUGUAUGACCUGGCUAUCUCAAGCAUUGGACCUGGCACGUUUCGACUGACCUGCAAUCUGACGGUUGUUGCAACCAAACUGGAAUCGAUAGAAGACUUUAUGUAUGUUGAACUCAUAAAUCCUCCACUUGUGGUUGAACUAACAGGGGGCACGCAGCGAGUUGUAGGGAAAAAUGUUGUUAUUUCUUUAGAUGCUGUAUCCAACUCCUAUGAUCCAGUCAUUGGUUAUGGAAAGGAAAACCAUCUUUCGUUUUCCUGGAAUUGUUAUCAGGUAGUCGAAAAUGACUUGGAUAGCUAUUUUGUACCACAUAGUACUGAUACUACCUACAGGGCAAAAUCUUCCUGCAAUAUAUUGGUGCCAUCAGAUGGUGUAAUUUCAGUUCUUGCAUCAUCCUUAGUCUUAGAUGGAUGGUCUAUUUUUGAAGCAAAUAUUACCAAGGAUACUCGGGCAGCAGUAGCAAUUCAAGCCAUAAAAGUCGUUGAAGUGUCUCCGCCUCAAAUAACUCUCACCUGUAAGUGGAACUGUGAAUUUAAAAAGUCGAGAGGGUCUCGCAUGGUGUACGAGACCGAUGUAACCUGUCCUGAUUGUUCCGCUUCCCAACUGGCAUCAGGAGCAUAUGAAUGGACCUUGUACAAGUACAGCGGGAAUAGCUACGAUAUAGUGGAUAACAUAGACUCACAUUUCCUCUCAGCGUCGUCAGCUAAGAUGUUUGAUCUGGAUGGUGAUUUCAUGGAGCAGGGGAGCAGUUACAAGCUGAAGGUCACAUUUAUUGUUGGAAAUAUCGCCCCAGGGUCAUCCGAGGUCACAUUCGUUGUAAACGAAGAACCGUAUGGUGGAACUUGCAUCGUCUCUCCUACGACAGGGACGGCUACUAUUGCUGCUUUCUCGUUCUCGUGCAGUGGGUGGAAAGACGAAGGCAAUCGACGUUCCCGUGACCCCGCCCAAGAUAAAAGCGAGCCUCUUACGUACGUCUUCAAACAGGUUAACGGAAACGAGAAGCAGCUCAUCUAUAGUGGAAACGAAGCUUCAGCGAUUCAGACAAUUGAAGUCUGCCCGAAAGAUGAUGGUUAUGUAUGCUUGAUUGAAUUCAAAAUAAAGGAUGCUUUCAAAGCUGAAACCAUCGUCGUGUUCAACAUUACGGUUACCAACCCGAUACCCGACAUUCAAUUCAACACAUUUGGCGGCUCUGAUACUGGCAACAAAAGCGACGACGCCGCCGCCGCAGAAUUCACGUCGUUCAUGGAGAAGACCAUGACAACGAUGGUGACAAUGUCGAGAACCAACGAUGCCGAAAAAACUAUCAAAGUGGCAACUAGCUACAUGUCGGCUAUUAACACCGUGACAAUUCGGCAAAUUACUGGAGAUGAUAUUUUGAAUACUUCUAAGUCCAUGGAAGUCAAUGAUAUUGUAGAAGAUGCCCUGGAUCGGUUCACCACAGAAGACCCUCAGACUACUAUACUCCUUCAGACAACUGAAGUGGUUACGAACACAAUGCUCGUAUCCAUCAACACGCUGGCGGUAAAACCUUUCAAUAGUGAUGCCCGCAACAACAGCGACGGCAACAUGUUGCACAACAGCGUGCCCGAACCCGAUCUGCUCAUCAUGUUAUCAACGUCGUUGGCGACGGCCCUCAAGAUACCAAGUGUUGUUAAAGCUAAUGUAGUCUCCAAUUCGGCGGGAGGAAUAACUACCCUAAGCAACGUGUUCGUGAACUUGUUGAAUAACACCAGGGAUAUGGAUGUUGUGGAAAGCGCAAUCGAAGCUAUUGGCACAGCUCAGAGUAACUUGAACAAAAACGUGGCUGAGUUGGUUAUCGAGGACUAUCUGGAGGACCUCCAUGGUAUGGAGAGAUUUGUUAGCAGAGAGCUCAAUGAAGGGGAGAAGAGGUUCAAUGCCAUCGAGAGAAAAUACAUCAGAAAAGUGGCCCAGAAAAAGAAAAAAGUUAAAAGACAGAAAAUGCUGAAAAACAUUCGGGAAAUCCAGGAGAACUUCAAGACGACAACAGACAAUAUGCUUCUUUUAAUGGAUAAAGUAAUGCCAGAUGGGACGAGCAAAACGGUAGACACUGACAACUUUGCACUGACCUUGGAGAAAAAGACAGUGAAGGACUUGGUGGAGAGCAAACGAGAGCCGAUCAAUGGUGCAAACUUUGGCCUAAGUGGCAUCAGCGACAAUCUGCUUGGCAACAAUGAAAUUGUCAAACUUUAUGUCAAGGUGAUGAAGAAGAACAUCUACAUACAAGGAGACAAUGCCAAAUACAUAGAUGGACCGGUCACAGUGGCCAGCGCACGGAUGAAGGACGGCGCGACUCUGACAAUUACUGAACCUCUCAUUAAACAGACUGAUCCCGUGGACGCUCCACGUCAGAUCAUCUUCCCCAAGUUCAUCCCAGGAGACGCUGCCAAGCUGUUCUAUCAUUCGUUCUUCUACAGGUCCCUUCAUGCCGAUAUCUGCUUCUCAGCCCUGCCAAUUACAGAUGUGAAAAUCGUCUACGAUAUGUACUUUCGUUCCAUACUCCCUCCAACCGACAUGGAAUACGACCAUUAUACUUAUUACACUGUAGCUCCGGGUGUUUCUGGAACCAAAUUCUGUGUCCCCGCAGGCGCACUGAAACGUACGGGUGUGGCCUAUGUGGGAUUGCGACCUAGGCUAAAUGAAGCUGUUGCUGUUUCACGGAAGAAGAGAAGUGUGUCUAACAACGCCACAACUACAGAUAGUGAUCUCGAAACACCUUACUUGUUCCGACUUACCACUAUUACAUGUUUCUCCUGGGACGGGCAGGUUCAAGAUUGGAGAAGUACGAUAUGUGAGCUCAAGAGGGAUGACACCAACAACGAAACAACGUGCAUCUGUCCAAGUACGCAGGAAGUAAUAGUGAGCGUGUCGUUUUUCGUCCCACCCAACUCUAUUGACUUCUCUACAGUGUUCAGUAAGUUUGACGUUUCAGGCCAGGCAGCCAUAUUGUCAACUCUGGUACUCAUCUUCACUCUGUUUGUCAUCGCCGCUCUCUUCUCAAGGUACAAGGAUGGCCAGGACGUUCUUCAGUGGGGCGUGUCGCUGCUAGAAGACAAUUUCAGUGAAGAUUGUUACUUCUACCUGAUAACGGUUUACACUGGAAUGAUUCGACAAGGAGGAACUAGGUCCAAGAUUGAGUUCAACAUCACUGGCGAGGAGGGAGACACUGGCAUCAGAGUUCUUACAGAUGGUGUGCGCAAGGAAUUUGGAGCAGGGAGUGUUCUACACUUCAUCAUGGCAGUCCCACUACCACUGGGUCACCUGCAGUGUCUCAGAGUGUGGCAUGACAAUGCGGGCAAGGGUAGUUGGGCGUCUUGGUAUCUGAACAGGAUAGAGGUCAUAGAUCUUCAAACCGCUGAAAGGUUUGACUUCCUGUGUUACAAGUGGCUAUCAUUUGAAGCUGGAAAAAUUGAAGCGAUACUUGGGGUAGGGAGCUCUGAAAACAUGAAGAACUUCAAAACAAUGUUCUUUGAACAUGCCAGGGUCCACGUGACUGAUGAUCAUCUCUGGUUGUCAACCGUACUGAGACCCGUGAAGAGCCAUUUCAGUCGAGUUCAGCGAGUCGGUUGUUGUUUGGCUUUUCUGCUGCUGUCCAUGAUAUCAAAUGCAAUGUUCUUUAAAGGAAAGGAUUUCAAAGACCGAAAGCAAGUGGCUGACUUCGAAUUAGGACCUUUUAAAUUUAGCUUAUCUCAGCUGUGGAUUUCUUUUGUGAGUGCCCUCAUCACGGCCAUUCCUGUGUUUGUGAUGAUGCUUCUUUUCAGGAAGUCAAAGCUGAGCAAGAGUCAGCUGUCUACAGACGAGUACACAACACACUGGAUGUUGCCAUGUUUCAAACGAUUCAAGUUUUACAAGGACAGUGUCUCACUGCAGAAGGUGCUGGUCAUAAAAGAUAUUGUAGAUGACGAGGAGGGCGUCCUGCCUCACUUCUGUGUCUACAUCGCCUGGGUCAUCGUGGUUUUGGCUUCACUGGUACCAGCCUUCUUCGUAUUCCUGUACACUAUACAAUGGGGGAAAGAGAUUUCUGAACAGUUCCUCAUCACCUUCUUCUUGUCCUUUGCUGAAUCCAUGUUCAUUCUGGAUCCGUUCAAGAUUGUUUUUCUGGCAAUCAUCUUUGCAAUAAUUCUGAAGAACAUCAAAGUCGUUCGACCCACAGUGUUUUGAUUUGAAGCGUAUCUAUGAGAUGAAUUGUCGAAUCGGAAAACCAACAAUACCCAGAAAACGUUUGGACUACAAAAGCCCCUUUCCUGAGUCUGAAAUGGAGGAAGUCAAGUUCAGGGUUAAUCAGCGAUCGAAGAUGCACAAGGCUAUUAGCGAGUUCAUAGUGACGGUUUUUCUGCUUAUUCUC